UAUCACGUCCGUCUUUCGCUGCAUCACCCCGCUCCUUAUUUCAUCCUAAAAUCGCAUAUUUUACUGGUAGUCUUAAAGCAGGAAUCUCUUGUUUAACUCGUUUUGUGUGUGACACAUACAGAUUGUGAUUAUGAUACACCUUUUUACUCCGUAUCAUUUGGCGUAGCUUAGACUGGGGGGUUGGGAGGGGAGAAUCAGGUCUUUUGACCCCAACCAUCAUCAUUCCCUGGAUAACGGGCACGGAAGCACCCGACAACCUCAAUUGUUAUUUUCUCUUCCGACAUCUGCUGUGUAUUGCUUACAUUCUCGUCCAAGGGAAAAACACCGUCUGGAUUGAGAUGUGAUGGACCACUUUCAUCAUAUUCCUUAAAGAAGACAUCUUUUGAUUUUAAUCGCACCCUUUUUGUAGUUUGGUGCGUCCAUUCAGAGUAGGUUAUAAUAACAAAACAAGGAUUUGGUGACAUAAUGGAGAGUGUUGAGAAGGAGUGCGGAGCUCUGGGUGGAUUAUUUCAGGCGAUCGUCAAUGAUAUGAAGUGUUCAUACCCGGUGUGGGAAGACUACAUUGCAAAGGCCACAAAACUGCACUCCCAGCUAAGGACCACGGUGUUGGCAGCGGCUGCUUUCCUAGAUACCUUUCAGAAGGUGGCAGAUAUGGCAACCAACACAAGAGGGGCUACCAGGGACAUCGGCUCCGCCUUGACCCGGAUGUGCAUGCGGCACCGCAGUAUCGAGGCCAAACUGCGGUACUUCACCAACACUCUUAUGGAAAAAAUGAUCGCCCCGCUCCAAGACAAGAUAGAAGAGUGGAAGAAAACCGCUGCCCUGCUUGAUAAAGACCACGCCAAAGAGUUCAAGCGCUCCAGGCAAGAGAUCAAGAAGAAGUCAUCUGACACGCUAAAGCUGCAGAAGAAAGCCAGAAAAGGUCGGGGAGGGUUACAGCCUCAGCUUGACAGUGCUAUGCAGGAUGUGAGUGACAUGUACUUGCUUAUGGAGGAGACUGAAAAGCAGGCUGUGCGACGAGCCCUCGUUGAAGAAAGGGGGCGCUACUGCACCUUCAUCAACCUUUUUCAACCAGUAGUGAACGCUGAGAUUUCAAUGCUUGGAGAAGCCACUCACCUCCAGGCCAUCAUUGACGACCUCACGGUGUUGACCACUGACCCUCAUAAACUACCGGAGGCCAGUGAACAGGUGAUUGUGGAUCUUAAGGGUUCUGAUUACAACUGGUCGUAUCAAACUCCUCCGUCAUCUCCUAGUAGUAUAGGCUCUAGAAAAAGCAGCCUUUGCAGGUACUUAACUUUCUUUGUUAACUACUCUAAUAAAAAGCAUAUUUCACCAUUUCCAGAUGCAUUAACGUUUGUUUUUCAUGCACUGUCUGCAUUCAUUUGGAGAGCAACACUAAAUUGUUUUCUUUGUCUGACUGGCAGUUUGGUGCAUCUGCCACCCGGUGGCGCCCAUCGCCUGAGCAGCGUUUCCUCUCACGAUUCUGGAUUUGUCUCACAAGAUGCUAAUGCACACUCCAAACCUCCCUCUCCUAUGCCAUCUGACAUCGCUAGCCAGAAGUCCUCCAGUUCUGCAUCCUCUGAGGCUUCAGAAACCUGUCAGUCAGUCAGCGAGUGUGGCUCUCCCACAAUAUUCGGCUCAUCCUUUGCUACCUUUCGCCCAGCUCACUGUUUUAAUGACUCCAUCAGGGCUCACUCUUACAUUCUUCCUGCGUCCCCCUCCUAUAACCAAUCCCCAGGAUCAAACUCCCCUUCACCCAUAUCAAAGGUUCCUCACUGGAAGCAGGACUGGUCCAAGGCAGGUCAGUAUGAGCAGACAGCCCGACAGCGUAGAACUCAGGCUGCAGAGCCCUCUAGUGGUGUUGGCGGGCAUGGAACAAUUCACUCUGAAGGUCCUUACAGGACAAGACUAAGUUCCAAAGACAUUACAGUAAAGCACGGUAAACCAGCAUCAUCUGCCGCAAGUGAGCUGGCAAUGGUUCUGACUCGAGGACUCAGCAUUGAACAGCAGCAGAAGAGCAGCUGCGACUCUCUUCAGUACUCUAGUGGAUACAGCACACAGAACACUACACCAUCAUGUUCAGAGGACACUAUACCAUCACAGGGAUCUGAAUAUGACUGUUAUUCUAUGAACGGGGAUCCUGAGAAUGAUUCACAGACAGACUUUGAUAAGUCCUCCACAGUCCCUCGCCAUAGCAACCUCGCUCAGAACUACCGUCGUAUGAUCCAGGCCAAGAGGCCUGCCAGCACCGCUGGGCUGCAUGGAGGACUGGGUGCCCAGGGAGUUUCCAAAUCCAAUGGAAAAGCAGGAAGCGGUGUCAUAUCCUCAGGAACGGCUACCAUUCGGAGAACCCCAUCAUCUAAGACGAACGUAAGGCGCACACCCUCCAGCGUGGGUCCGAUCCCGAUCCGACCACCUAUUGUACCCGUAAAGACCCCCACUGUCCCCGACUCACCUGGAUUUCCCAGCCCUCCCUCCGAUCACAACGGAAGCGAGGAAAGCAUUUACAAUGACGGUUCGUUGGAGAUUUUGGACUACAAAGGUUCACCGAAGCGAAUGAGUCUGCCCGGCCCAACAUGGGGAACUGGAAGUGGACUGGAUAGAAGUGCCUAUACACACCAACCUGGAGCCGUGGGUUUCAGUUCCGAAGAGGACCAGAUACUCGCUGCCAAUCGGCACAGCCUGGUGGAGAAGAUCGGAGAGCUAGCCGCCAGUGCACAUGCGCUCGGUGAGGGUCAGUUCCCAUUUCCGAUGGAUCCUGAGCCCAUCCAGGGCCAACAACAGGAUCAAGGACACAAGAAGGAGGGAGAAGACUUAUUGAAGACUAUCCGCAGAGGGGUGCGUCUCAGGAAAGCGGCCUGCAAUGACAGAUCAGCUCCGAGGAUCUUGCGGUAGUUCAGUACUGUCUGCUCCUACAUGCUGAUGAAGAGUAAGAAUAUAUGUGACCCUGGACAACAAAACCAUUUUUUUUCGUCUAAUUUGGUCAAUUUUCGAAAUUGAGAUUUUACAUCAUCUGAAAGCUGAAUAAUUAAGCUCUUUUAUUGAUGCAUGAUAGAAUAAGAUCUGAUGGAGAAACAAUUGGAAAAAAAUCUAAAUAUUGAGAAAAUACCCUUUGAAGUUGUUAAUCUGAGGCACAUUAGUGAAAUCAGUGGAUGGCCAUCUACUCACAAAAAUUAAGUUUUUCUAUAUUUACGGUAUGAAAUUUACUAUAAACUUCAUGGGACAUCAUCUUUACUUUAUAUCCUAAUGAUUUUUGACACAAAAGAAAAAUAAAUAAUUUUGGCCCACACAAUGUAUUUUUGGCUUUAACAAAAAAUGAACCCGUGCUACUUUAGACUAGUUUCAGUGGUUCAGGGUCACAUAUGCUCAAAAAAUGAAAAUAUGGUUUAAAACUUAAAAACUGACAUGUUAACAACUUUGUCAGAAAUCAAUGUUACAUGUUGAGUGUAUAUGGACUCAUCUUGACUAUUGUUGUUGUAUGUAUAUUCAAAACUAAUAUCAGUUAUAUUAUGAUGGCCAUUUUAUGACCUUGAUGAGAAUGUAAUGUUUAAAAUGUGUAUUAAUACUGUAUACUAGCUUCACAAGUUGUUCCAUUUUGGAAUUUGUAAUGUUCUUCAUGUUACUUCUAUGUAACUGCUAUUUUAAGAAGCUUCGAGAAAUGUCUCCUCCCACAUGUAAGUGUUGUAAAAAGCCAAAGUCUUGUUCGCAAUUUAAAAGCUGUUUGGAAAAGCACAACAUGGCUUAUACCGCAGCCCAGACUCAGAUGGACCACACAAUCAAACCACUGCACAUUCUGUAAACUGCCAAAUAAAGCACAUCA